AUGGAAAACCACAACAGAGGAGUUCACAAUCGUGGCCAGCUCCCUCGGGUUCCGAGAGGUUUUCAAGGGGUUCGCGGUCAGGCAUAUUAUCGUGGCCAUCGUGGCCAACGUGGCCAACGUGGCCAUCGUGGUUAUCGAGGUUAUCGAGGUUUUCUGCCAAUCCGUCAGAAUCCCUCUCGUGUUCCUGUCGUUUUCCGUCCCCCAGCUAACAUUCCGCAACACCAUCAACCAUUCCGAAAAAUGACACACAUCGAAGUAUUCAAGACUGCUGCAUUUCUACUCUAUUUCCGUCCUGAUGAUCAUGUGGGUUUGCUUGUUCAAUUCCUUAAAUGCUUGUUUGGUAAUGGUAUUGAACAAUUCGUCUACAUCGACGAAUUGUUGUACAACCCCUUAUUCUUCGCACCCCACAUUGUUCUUAAUAACCCUUUACGUUUGCCUUCUGGCCAGAAAACUUUCAGGCAACAGCACGUCGUCGAGUUGCUCUUUAUCCGCUCGCGAAAUAUGGACAUCUCGAAUCUGACGAUCGAAAGGGACUUGGCGAGAGAAAUUUUCGAGGGAGACGAAGUACGCACUGAUGUGAUCGAACAAGUCAACAAUUUUUACCGCUUCGGAACUCCGUAUCAGAUGGAUCUCUACGAAUUGGAAAAAGUGAUACUAUCCCUGCGACCAUAUUACUGCACUGAGACGGAUGCCUGA